AUGGUGUCGCUGGAUGCUAGGGCGUACCCCACAGGCGACGCGCAGGGGCAGCACCCGGCUCCUGUGAGAAAUGGACAAGGGUUGUCGUACCGGAACGGGCGGGUGCGACGUAAGAAGCGAGCUCUAAGUGUGAGAGAGUUAAGAUUGAGGUGUGCAAGUUGGAAUGUAGGAACGAUGUCUGGAAGAGGAAGAGAGCUAGCAGAUGUUUUAAAAAGGCGACGGAUAAAUGUGCCUGCAAGAGACAAAGUGGAAGGGUGCAAGGCUAGGGAAAUAGGAGAAGGAUAUAAAUUAUACUAUUGUGGAAGUGAUGGCAAGAGAAAUGGUGUGGGUAUAGUUUUAGAUAGUAGGUUGAAAGAAUGUGUGGUGGAUGUAAAAAGAGUGAAUGAUAGUCUGAUAGCCAUUAAACUGGUCGUGGACGGCAUGACACUGAAUUUAGUAAGUGUGUAUGCGCCACAGUCAGGCUGUGAGGAGAGCGUGAAAGAAAAGUUUUGGGAGGACUAUGAUUGCCUGCUGAUGAAUUUACAGGAUAGCGAGGAAGUCUACGUGGGUGGUGACUUUAAUGGCCAUGUAGGAAGAGAGAGUGAUGGAUAUGAGAGAGUGCAUGGUGGGUGGGGAUUAGGAAAUCGGAACGCUUAUGGCGAGGCACUUUUACAAGCUGCCUGUGCCUUCGACCUGGCUAUAACAAACACGUGGUUUAAGAAAAAAGAGGAACACCUAAUAACCUACAAGAGUGGCCACCACGCGACACAGAUAGACUACUUCCUAAAACAGCCAAACACGGCCCCCUCCAAAGACAAGAUGACGUAUGUUAGAGAAUGA